CACGAGCACCAAACCCAAGAGGCUGUCUAAGACGUGCCGUCGCAUAACCAACGCACCGGUAUCCUCACAAACGAAUCAGGUCAGUUGCUUUGAUCAUGGUCGGAAUACCAAAGAGUAAUCGUUGCACAUUCUGCAAACUACGAAAGACGAAGUGUGAUGAGAACUGGCCGACAUGUGGUGCAUGCACCCGAGCCGGAAAGGUUUGCUCUGGGGCACGGAAUAGCUACAAGUUCGUGGUUAAUGGUUGCCAUAACGAAUCAGCGAACUUGGACAGCACCAGCACAGCGUCCAAUGAAGGUGUCCAAGGUCGGCAGCCACGAGGAGGUAGUCCAAGUGGCAAAAUGAUCGUCGACAUGAAGAAGUAUACGACAGCUAAAGGUCCCGGCACGUUCCACCGGAUGCGACUUACACACCCAAAUCGCCCUCGGGCCGCUAAAUUCAGUCGUCCUGCACUGUCGCCAACGCUAUCGCCAACGCCGCCACCAGCUAUGUGUGCUUCUGACCGGCUGGCGGCCGAACUAGUGUAUUGUCUAGAGUCCGCGUCAGGGACAGGUCGCGAUAUGCUGAUAUGGGGUUCCUCGAUAUGGAUGAUACCACGGAGGUUAGGAUCUGAAAGUCCAGUAUUACGAGACACGGUCAAGUUGGUAGUUGCAUCUUGGGCAAAUAGCCAGCGAGUCGCUCUGUCACCAGAGGCGUGGUUAGAUUUGAGGCUACAUACGCAAGCUUUAAGGAGUCUGCGGAAAGCUCUUCAGGAGCCCGGGAAAGAUCUGGUGACAGACACGAUAGCAGCGCAAUGGCUAUUACAAAAACUCGAGUUUACUUAUGAUUUCGAGCGGGGCGCAAACCAAGAGCGCCACGCUGCUGGGCUGACGGCCGUCAUCAGUAGAGGGGGCCCCUGGCAAAGCUUCGAUGAUCUAGGAAUCCAUGCUACGUUCGACAGCUUUUUCAACAUCCUACAAGAAGACGUACGUUUGGGGAGAGACAGUGUAUUCAUGCAUCCCGAGUGGGCACUUGCUUUUAAGCAGGCAGUAGAUACCUACACGACAAGGCCCGUUCUUAAGGCUAUGUACUAUCUAUGGGUCGAGAUGACGGCUUGGCCGACUUUAGUGAAACUCGUUCGAGCGCUAUGUCAAGACCCUUCGGAUACUAUGGCCGCAACCGAGCUUGUGUUAAGAGCCACGCCGCUCAUAGAAUACUUGGAGCACGAAGGCGAGACGACAUUAAACUCGCUGAUGGAAUCGAGGGAUGUGGUCGAGGCAGAGAAUCCUUUAAAUCCGGAUUUAUUUCCAACUUGCUACCGAUUUCGCGAUAUCGACACCGCAAAACUAUUUUAUACUCACGCCAUGUACACCAUCAUUGUUUAUCGAACUUUGCAGGAGGCGAACCUUGUGUUAGAAAAUCAUAACCCGAGAAUAAUGAAGCGGUGUAGAGAAUACAGUAAACGAAUUUGGAUGACUUACGCUUGGAUGAGCGCGCAAAUACCACUCGCUGUCGAAUAUACAGCCGCUUUGGCAUUUUCUUAUGAAUCGGCAAAUGAAGAGGAACGAGAGUUUUGUAUGAGAUGUCUGAGAGAUCUGGAAUAUUAUAGAAGGCCACCGCCGGUGGGCCGGUGGGUAGAUGCAACUAUUAUGGCUAACGUAAAGGGAUAUACAGGCCGUCUGCCGUUUAUAAAGACUCGGGACAUAACCAUUGAAAUGAGCGGGCUGGGUUGCCGGAGCUAACGAAGAACAUGACGAAUGAGACUGACAAGGGGGUUAGGCUGAUGGGAAAGGUGUACAUGAAUUGUUGGUAAUGGGCUAUCAUCUCGUUAUUCAUGGAUCAUCCCCCCUUUCUUCACGAGGUAAAUACGAUUAGCGAGGGUUAUAAGUAACAAGCCAUAUCCACUGUUUCAAUUGUCAUGUCCUAACCGUCAAGUAUAUGGGGUAUUAUUAGUUUAAAUACUAUGAAACUC